AUGCUCAGGAAUCUUAUGUCAGUUACCGAUCAACAUAAGACAUAUCAACCAUUUGGUGGUAAGAUUGUUGUUCUAAAAGGUGAUUUCAGACAGAAAAUUUCGGUGAUUCCGAAAGGAAAUAGACACGAUAUAUUAGCAUCCGCUAUUAACUCAUCCCAUCUGUGGUCAUUUUGUAAGGUUCUGAAACUGUAUACGAAUAUGAGGCUUCUAAUGUCUUCUUCGGAUCAAGAUGAAGGUGAAAUGAAGAUAUUUGCUAAUUGGAUACUUGAUAUUGGAAAUGGAAAUAUUGGCUCUGUCGUUGGUGAUGAAUUAGAAGUUGAAAUUCCAGAUGAUCUAUUGAUUACAACUACUGAUGAUCCUCUCUCUCAUUUGGUAGACUUUGCAUGUCCAAAUUUGUUGCAAAACAUGUCAGAUUACAGGUAUUUUCAGAGUAGAGCAAUUCUUGCACCCACACUUAAGAGUAUCGAGAAGGUAAACGAUUUUGUCUUGACAAUCUUUUCAGGGAUGAAAAAGGAGUAUUUAAGCUCUGACACAACAUGUCAAGCUGAUGAGAAUGAAGAUGUAAAACAAGAGUGGUUCACACCAGAGUUUCUAAAUGACAUCAAAUGUUCGGGACUACUCAUUCACAAGUUGACUUUGAAGCCAGGAGUCGCUGUAAUGCUACUGCGAAACAUAGACCAGACUUCAGGUUUAUGUAACAGGACAAGAUUAAUAGUUAACAAACUUGGCAGCAAUAUAAUUGGAGCGGCGGUAGUGACCGGUAGAAAUAUUGGAGAUAAAGUGUACAUUCCAAUAAUGAACUUGAUCCCUUCAGAUUCAGGAUUGCCAUUUAAGUUCCAACGGAGACAAUUUUCAUUAAAACAGUAUGCUUUGCAAUGA